AAGGUAUGAAUAGUACCUUCCCAAAAACAGUUGAUUUGGAGUGUUUUUUAAGAGUAUCUUUAAUGAUCAUGCUGAACUGAAUGGAAGCCUGGCAUGCUGAAAAAGUUUAGCCUUUUUGAAUGAAAAUAUAAACUGCUAUUAAAUUGAUAGAUUUCAGUGAAAUUACACAACUUUGGAAGGUUAAAAAUGCUGUUAAUGGAUAUUUAAUCAUUUGUUGGCGACAAUCUGUGUGUGUAUGAACAAUGGCUUAUGAAUAUUUUGGAGAUGAAAGAGCCUAUGACAAAGUCUGGCCAUGUUUUCGGAAGCCGCCACGCUCGGCCAACAGGUCGGUGUUUGUGGGCCACAAGUUCCCAACAGAUCCGGAGGCUACGGUCCAUCAGCCAGAACUAUACCCAGAAAACCAGAUCAUUUCAUCACGGUACACAAUAUGGAACUUCCUUCCCAAGAACCUGUUUGAACAGUUUCGAAGAGUGGCAAACUUCUACUUCCUUAUCAUCGGCAUUGUACAGCUGCUAAUUGACACUCCAGUGAGUCCCAUCACCAGCAUUCUGCCUCUCAUCUUUGUUGUCACAGUAACAGCCAUCAAACAGGGAUACGAGGACUGGUUACGACACAAGGCUGACAGAGAGGUGAACUAUCGUGAGGUGGAGGUGAUACGUAAUGGACAGCUUACAACCGAAAGGUCCAUGGACAUCAAGGUAGGAGACAUCCUCAAAAUUCCGCUGAACAAAAGCUUCCCAUGUGACCUUGUGAUGUUGUCAUCUGCCGACCCCGACGGCAACUGCUACAUCACCACGGCCAACCUGGAUGGAGAGACAAACCUGAAGACCCAUUGCUGCAUACAAGAGACCCGCCGCUACACUCACCCAGAUGACUUCAGCAAGCUGACAGCAAUAAUUGAGUGCCAGCAGCCCAUACCGGACCUGUAUUCGUUCAUUGGGAACCUCACGGUUGUCAAGGACAACGGGGAACAUACCGUGAGACCACUGGGACCAGAACACGUGCUGCUUAGAGGGGCACGACUCAAGAACACUGCUUUUAUUUACGGCUGUGCCAUAUACACAGGCAAUGAAACCAAACUAGCUUUAAAUUCAAAACCAAAACAAACCAAGUUUUCCAGAGUGGAAAGACGUAUGAACACAUUCCUGUUGAUAUUCCUGGUGAUACUGGCACUGGAGUCAAUAUUCUCUACCUGCAUGAAAUACUGGUAUGCACACCGACCCCGUGUUGGUCAACCCUGGUAUGUGCCAGAAAAAGAGAAAGACGUAGACGUCAGCGUUAGACGUGUUCUUGAAGACUUCCUAUCGUUUGUUGUGCUCUUUAAUUAUGUCAUUCCCAUCUCACUAUACGUCACCAUCGAGGUACAGAAGUUUGUGGGCUCCAUGUUUUUCAACUGGGACAUCGAGAUGUACGACCCAGGGACCAAUGAGAGUGCCAAGGCCAACACCUCGGACCUCAAUGAGGAGCUAGGGCAGGUGGAGUACCUGUUCACAGACAAGACAGGCACCCUGACAGAGAAUGAGAUGCAGUUCCGGAUGUGUUCCAUCAAUGGGGUGGAGUUUGAGGAGGUGGGCAGCAUGCUGUGUAGGGUCUCACCCACCGGGGGCCAGCCUGAACCCCUGCCUGCCUUUACUGAGGAAGUGGAGACGUUCCUUACGGUGCUGGUUCUCUGUCACAGUGUGCGUGUGGACCAUCCCCAGGCCACAGAGCUGGGAGCCGCUGCCAUGUACAGCUACAGUGGCUAUGACUAUGACUACCAGGCACCCUCACCCGAUGAGAAGGCCUUUGUGGAGGCAUGCAGAAGAUAUGGUGUGGUGUUCCAUGGUUGUCAUGACGGCAUGCUGGAGGUGACAUUCAAGGGAGAGAUGAGGCGUUACAAGCUGCACCACACUCUGGAGUUCGAUGCCACGAGGAAACGCAUGAGUGUCAUCGUCCAGAACGAAAAUGAUGAGGUGUACUUGCUGUGCAAGGGGGCAGAGUCGUCCAUGUUGAACCGGGCAGUGCAGGGGGAUGUGUCUACCACCCUUGCUCAUGUCAACAAAUAUGCAGUGCUGGGUCUACGUACCCUCGUGAUUGGACUACGACGUCUGUCAAAGGAGGAGUUUUCACACUUUGACACUCUGCUGGACACUGCCAGAACCUCACUGCAGGAACGAGCCAGCAAACUUUCAGAGGCGUUUGACUUUGUGGAGAAGAAUCUGAAUGUGCUGGGAGCCACAGCAGUGGAAGACAAGCUACAAGACGAAGUGCCGGAAACCAUCCAGGCAUUACUUCAGGCUGGAAUAAAGGUGUGGGUGUUGACGGGAGAUAAGGAGGAAACUGCCGUGAACAUCAGUCACUCUGCGGGCCACUUCACUUCGGACAUGGUUACCCUGAACAUCACACAGCAGUCUUCCAGUCUGGAGUGUGCUGACCUCAUCAGAAAGCAUGCACAACUUUUGGAUCAGCCUGCCAGUCGGGGUCACAGGUUUGGUCUUGUGAUAGAUGGGGCUAGCCUGGCCCACUGUUUGGUGCACAGUGCCAUCUUGUCUCAGUUAGCACUGAGAUGUAACGCUGUGUUGUGCUGCAGGAUGACACCUUUACAGAAAGCUGAGGUUGUGAAAUUAAUAAAACAUUCCAAGAACAAGCCAGUUACGGCAGCGAUAGGAGAUGGUGCUAAUGAUGUGAGCAUGAUAGAGGAGGCUGAUGUAGGAAUUGGCAUCAUGGGUAAAGAAGGCCGUCAGGCAGUGAGGAACAGCGACUACGCCUUUGCCAGGUUCCGGUUCCUGCAGAAAGCCCUUCUAGUGCAUGGGCACUUUUACUACAUACGUCUUUCAAACCUUGUACAGUACUUCUUCUACAAAAAUGUGGCCUUUAUCACUGCCCAGUUAUUCUACACAUUCUUCUCAGCGUUCUCACAACAGUCUCUUUAUGAGAGUUUCUACUUGAUGAACUUCAACAUGGUGUUCACAGCGAUGCCUAUCCUGAUGUAUGGGAUAUUUGAGCAGCAUUUGAAGCCCAGUGUUCUUCUUGGAAACCCUAAGCUUUAUAGGAAAGUUUCUAAAAACAAGAAUAUGUCAGUCCGGAAUUUCAUUCUCUGGAAUAGUUUAGGUCUAUGGCACUGUGCUGUGAUGUUUUUUGGUGCUGUGUUUUUGAUGGGUGAAGAGACCUCAGUGUUCCCAGAUGGACGUAUGAUUGGUAACUGGACGCUGGGCUCUAUCGUGUACUUUGGAAGUCUCAUGAUUGUCUGCUUAAAGCUUUGCCUGACAAUCCACUACUGGUCCCCGGCUAUCUGGUUUGGGUUUGCGUUCUUCAUCGUCACAUACACUGUGGGAACUGGUGUCUACAACUCCAUCAUAUGGCCGUCCCUGCUGAGUGAACACAACUAUCUGCUGUAUGACUGGAACACAGUACUUCAGUCUGCCAGCGUGUGGUUGGCAGAGAUAGGGCUCAUUACCCUGGCCUUACUGCCUGACAUUGUGUUUCGAGCCUACACAGAUAUCAGCACCCGGCAUUCCAUCAGUCCGCAAUUGCAGUUUCAACGCGACUCUAGACUGCUCCCCCUCAGACGUAUCUCACAGGCGGAGACGACCAAGUUUAUUUUUCCGCCAAUUGGUACACCACAUUCCAGUCCCAACACAACACACAAACACACCAAAGGACUGCGUCCAACAGAAGUCAAGUUCUCAUUUAGAAAACAAACAGGACGCAAUAAAAAUACCCUGUGACUUACAGUUACAAGGCAUUCAUACUUUAGAUUACAAGAAAAGCUCUAUGUAACAAAAAAACACAAUAUUUGUGAUUAAUUUUUAUAAACUUACUUAAUCAGAGUUUUGAAUUGUAAAUAAACAACAAAAGUGUGUUAUUUCAAUAUUUAAAAACUGUAAUCAGUAAACAUACAAAUUUGUUUGUUUAUUACUAAACAGGUUACAUCCAUCUUCCACAAUAGAAGUUGGCAAAUGUUUGUAAUUAGCCUAUAUGGUUAAAUUGUGUUUUUAGCUCUACUGGCCAAAGGCCUGAAGAGCUUAUGUCAUGGUGUGGUUUCCGUCCGUCGGUGUGUGCUUGCGUGUGUUAGACAUUUUUAUUGUUUACGCGAUAAAGUCCACCGUUUUCAUCCGAUUCUUUUUAAACUUGUUCAGUGUCUUUAUAUUAAUGAGGACUCGAACCCUAUUGAAAAUGGGUUACAUCAGAGUAAAAUAUCCAGAAUUAUCUCCCCUUAAAUUUGAUAAAAUUGUGAAAUAAGGCUUGUUUACGCAAUAAAGGCCACAGUUGUCAUCCAAUCAUUUCCCAACUUGCACAGUGUCUUUAUCUGAAUGAUGAGUCAAAUCCUAUUGAAAAUCAGCAAUAUCGGAGUUAUAUGUCCAGAAUUAUCUCCCUUUGAAUUUGAAAAAAUAAUGAAAAUUCAGUUUGAUUAUGGGAUAAAGUCCAUAAUUGUCAUCCAAUUCUUGGCAAACUUGCACAGUGUCUUUGUAUCAAUGAGGACUCAAACCCUUUUUAUGCCCCCCUUCGAAGAAAAGGGGGUAUAUUGUUUUGCACAUGUCGGUCGGUCCGUCCGUCCACCAGAUGGUUUCCGGAUGAUAACUCAAGAACGCUUAGGCCUAGGAUCAUGAAACUUUGUAGAUGCAUUGAUCAUGGCUGGCAGAUGACCCAUAUUGAUUUUCAGGUCACUAGGUCAAAGGUCAAGGUCACAGGGACUCUAACAGUAAAAUAGUUUCCGGAUGAUUACUCAAGAAUGCUUAAGCCUGGGAUCAUGAAACUUCAUACCAACAUUGAUCAUGACUGGCAGAUGACCCCUAUUGAUUUUCAGGUCACAAUGUCAAAGGUCAAGGUCACAGUGACUCGAAACAGUAAAAUGGUUUCAGGAUGAUAACUCAAGAAUGCUUACGCCUAGGAUCAUGAAACUUCAUAGGUACAUUGAUAAUGACUGGCAGAUGACCCCUAUUAAUUUUCAGGUCACUAGGUCAAGGUCACUGUGACACGAAACAGUAAAAUGGUUUCCGAAUGAUAACUCAAGAAUGCUUACGCCUAGGAUCAUAAAACUUCAUAAGUACAUUGAUCCUGACUGGCAGAUGACCCCUAUUAAUUUUCAUGUCACUAUGUCAAAGGUCAAGGUCACAGUGACUUGAAACAGUAAAAUGGUUUCCUGAUGAUAAAUCAAGAAUAAUUAGGCCUAGGAUCAUGAAACUUCAUAGGUACAUUCAUCAUGACUAGCAGAUUACCCCUAUUAUAUUUUUCAGGUCACUAGGUCAAAGGUCAAGGUCACAGUGACAAAAAUGUAUUCACUCAAUGGCUGCCACUACAACUGACAGCCCAUAUUGUGGGCAUGCAUGUUUUACAUACAGCCCUUGUUUAAAAAACAAUAAAUUCAGAAUGACUUCCCCUUGAGUAUGAGAAAAUUUGGAAAUCCCGCUUGUUUACGCAAUUAAUUCCACAGUUUUCAUCCAAUUACUUCCAAAUUUGCACAGUAUCUUAAUAUCAAUGAGGACUUGAACCCUAUUGAAUAUGAGCAGUAUCGGAGAAAUAAAUACACAAUAAUCUCCCCUUCAAUUUGAGAAAGUUAUCCUUGUUUGCGCGAUUAAGUACACAGUUUCCAUCUUAUUCUUUCCAAUCUUGCACAGUGUUUAUAGCAGUAGAGCGAUUCAGGCCCUCAUGGGCCUCUUGUUUAAGUAUUUUUUUAUUUUGUUCACAUUCUGUCAAUGCAGCUAUUAUUUGGAUACAAUUUCUAGUCAAUUUGUCGUUUUUCUUGCCUGUUAUUCUGAGUCACAGGGUACACAUUGUGCUUGCAUUAUUGCUUGCUCAUAUCAUUUCUGGUAUUUGGGUAUUGGUUGUGCUAGUGUGGAGAGACUGCAUGAGGAUCUCUAAAACGUCUGUGUUUUAUCUUCCAAACAUUCCUGUAUAAGACAUACUGGUUGUCGUUUGUCAAGCAUUACCAACCUACAUAUAAUAUUCUGUAUAGACAGUUAUAUCGUUUUUAAUACUGGGCCAAAAAGCUGAUCAGGUAUUAUAAGAAUGCCCUUCAUCUGUCAGUAAGUACUUCAGUUCUUUAAGUGCUUUUGUGUCCUCCAUAUCUCCUAUAGCCUUUGAUGGAUUUUAUGAAACUUGUAUCAAAUGUUAAGGACAUUUAGACAAUUUGCAGAAGGCAUAAUUGUGUCAUGUUGACUUUAGGUCAAGAUCAAACUCCAAGGUCAAUUGUUUGAGCGUCCAAUUUUAUGACCUCUCCAUAGUUCCUGUACCAUUUGUAGGUUUUCUUUAAACUUUGCUUACAUGUGUUGGUUAUUGAAACGAUGUGCUUAAGGCAUCAAUCAGCCAUGCAGGCUGAUGGUUGAGUUGGUACUACAGGGUGAAAGGUUUCAGUCUGCAUGCAAGGUUUGUGUCUGCUUCAUAUCACCCUUUUAAAGAUUCUCAUGAAGCAGGACUAAAUAUUAAGGUUAGUUAGACAUAAUUUCUUAGUCAGUUACUCAGGCAAUAAGUCAAGGCCAUACUUCUAUUCAGAUGUUGGAGCCUCACAUUAGUGUUCAAUCAAUAUCUGUUUUACCGGUGGAAAAACUUUCAUUAAACUUGGCACCAAUGUUUUGGACAUUGAGGCAAUGUGCAGACCGCAUGAGUCAGUCAUUCCGAGUCAAGGUCAAUGUCUUACUGCAAGGUCAAAUGUUUGAGCCUCCUUUUUCAUUCAUGCUCCAUAUCUCUUAUACCUUUUGAAGGAAUGUUACUACUACAUCGUUUAGAAAAUUGAAACCAUGCACAGAAGACUUUAUUAAGUCUUGACACUUUAAGGUAAAAGUCAUGCUUCAAGUUCAAAAUUUGUAGCUUCCAUUUUAGUGUCUUCCUACUCAUCCUAAACCGUAUGCUAGGUUCUUAUACAAUUUGGCUAAUGUUUGAAGGUCACUGAUAUAAAUGAGGGUAAACUCAAUCACACUGAGUCAAUGUCACUAUUUGAGGUCAAUGGUUAAGCCUUCUUUUUCGUAUGUGCUUCAUAUCUGCCUUACGUGUUGAAAAGUUAAUUUAAUUCAGACGAUGUCCAAAAGUUAUGAGCCAAUCACUCGGGCUCAAAAUCUAGGUCACAAUUUCAAGGUCCAAAGAUUCAUGGCGGGGUCUAGAGAUGUCUCUUGGACUGCUUUGUAUUGAUUUAUUGUUAUCCAGUUGUAUGUUAAAUAACUAUAUUGAUGUAGUUUCUGUUCUAUUAGAUAGAUUGGAUUAAUUGAUGUCUUCUUGAUGCAUAAUUUGUUGAUUUUUUUUUGUUAUGCUCUCUUUGCUCAAUGUUAAAUCAAAAAUAGUCCUUUAUAUGUUUAUGUUGUUUGUUGUAUGAACACCAUGCUAUGUCUUAUAUGAAUUUGCAUAUAAGAUAAACUGCACAAUAUUUGAAGGGGUCAAGUACAUAGUUCUCAUGUGACAUUCAAACACACAUUAUACUAUGUGAAUGUUUAACUUGUUUUUAAAGUGACUUGACUGAUCUAUAUUAAAUAUUUUAAAUAUCAUUUUUUGAACAUUAAUAUCAUGUUAUGAACAUAUUUUAUAAAAUGAACUCUUGUUUUGAUACACUUCUUAAAUCAAAGCAAUCUAGAUAGUUCUGCUAUUUUGAGUCUUACAUAAUUGAAAAUUUAUAGAACACAAAUACUUUUAUCAAGUUGCUUCAAGCCAUUCACUCUAAGUGUUGUAAAGCUAAAAAUAUUCACCAGUCCCUGUUUAUAUUUGAAUGUUCAAAGUCUGUAAAAUUAUUUAUAUAUUUUAAGUAUGUAUCAUAAAUUGUAUCUUUAUUUUUCUAAAAAAUGCAACAUGGUUGUGUUCAUUUUAUAUUAUGUUAAUACAAUAUGUAAUGCAAAUUAGUUUUUCAUUGUUCAUUGUAUCUUAAUUGUAUAUGUACAUAUACUCUCUAUGGCUUUAUUAUAGCAUAACAUAUCAAGGUAUAUGCAAUUCUUAUUGUAUAAUAGCACCUUUGCAAACUUACACUCAUUAUAUAUUUUUAGUUUUAAUUAAUUACUUAAAAUAGCCGUUUAAAAUAAUGCAGUUUAGACAAACUUUACUGCCCCAUUUUAAACAUGUUAUAGUCAUGUUAUAGAACCAUUGGCCUAUGUUGUCUUCCAAUGGCUCCCAUUAAUUAUCCUCGAUAUGCACUGAGCUUCCACAUACUGUAGUCGAAUGAUUACAUGUACAAGUUUGUAUCAAAAUCUGUACUAAUUACUUUAAUAUGUUCAAGAUAAAGAUACGCUUUAGCAGUUGAUGUAGGUACACUGCAACUUGUCAUAAUGCACGGUUGAAUUCAAUAUUCAUACGAGGCCUAUUGAUUUGUAUGCCCCCGAAGGAGGGCAUUUGUAUGCCCCCACGAAGGAGGGCAUAUAGUGAUCACACUGUCCGUCUGUCUGUCCGUCACACAUUGCGUUUAGGUUUCAAAAAAUGCUCAUAACUUCUAUGUCGCUUGAGAUGUAACAGAUGCAUACAUGUGUAUAUGGACAACGCCUUUCCAUAUGCGUUCAAAUUUUGACCCAUUUGACCUUGACCUUGAACUUAGGGUCUGUGUUUAGGUUUCGAAAAAUGUGUUUAGGUUUUAAAAUGGUCAUAACUUCUAUCAAAGCGUUUAUCGGGGUCUUAUGUCAUCCUGUGGAGACAGCUCUUGUUUAAUAAAGUUUAUGUUUUUUUUCUGGUUUAAGAACCCACCAAAAAUGAUGAAAUUGAAAUAAAUUUCAAAUUGUAUCGCGUUUCACCUUAAACAGGUGCAAAAAAAUAUGAAAUCAUACCUACCUCAGGUGCUAAAGAGUAUAAUAGUCACGGAUGAAUGAUUUUAUUGUGAUCUUGCAGAGUAUGUAGUCAAAUAAUCACAUGUACAAAUUUGAAUCAAAAUCUUUACGCGUAACUGAUAUAAUCAAGUUUGAAAGUGAUGCGUUAUUAAAGUAUCUAAGUGUG